AUGUCCUACGUAACAAAGGAAACCGUCUGGCCCGAUGUGGUCGCGCUGAAUGAUAACGUCAAAGGGGUCAUUCGACUUUUCUACGAGCUGGCAGACAAUAAAGAAGCCGAGGCAGGUCCGCGUAUGGCGAGCGAAGUCUUCACCCCGAGCGCAAAGUUCAUCGCAAGUAAUGCGGCGUUUCAUGGAAAAGAAGAGAUCUCUCGUUGCAGGGAUAACGCCUGGGGAGAAAUCACUGCUCGUUACCAUCAGAUUUGUAAGGUCUUUGUUAGUGACAAGGAAUGCCGGGAUCUGUUUCUGCUGGGUGCUGUCAAGAUGGGCUUUGCAAACGGGAAAGUCGUGGAGGCGGACUUCAGUGCGCAUAUUGUUGUCGAUGCUCAGAGCGCGGCUGCAGGGAGGCCUCGACUGGAGCUCAUGCACGUAUUUGCUGGGAGCGUAAAUGCUGGGAAAUGA